GGGGCAAGGAAGGGAACGGAGAAGAAAAGCCACGAUUUGCAUCUCCUGAAUUUCACUGGAGCGCACUGACGCAUUCUGCAGGAGGGGGGCGGGGCGUCGUGCUGCUGACGCCACCGCCCAGACCGGAUCCCAUUGGUCUAACGCCAGCUGGGCUUCAGUGGGGGGGAUAGGAGCCAAAAUAAAAAUUAGAACAGACCUCAGUAAAAGAAAAAAAAACGCCACUCCAGCACCAGCAGCGAUUAAAUCGGAUUCCCAUCGCGGAGCGGACACAUCCCGUAUGAACGGACGUCGCUACUGCUUCUGCCGACGUUUACGCGUGUCGGAGGAAAACAAGGGUCGUUCAUAACGGAGGAUCGUAUCAGCGCGGUGCCCGUCCGGAUCACCGUUUCGCCGUAAAAAGGGAAACCACGGAAAGCUUCGCGGAUCCCCUCCGUGGAGGAGAUUAAAAAAGCGGUCCAAGGAAAAAGUGGUUUCCAUUGAAGUUGGCGAAGGGACUCGGUCGCUCGGAUAUAUCCCCAUGACGCGCCGAGGCUUCCUCUUCCAAUUGAUCCGCGGUUAGUCAACUUUUUACGCGUUGUCUAGGCUGAUCGGUUCCCCCCACACUCAGACGUCAACACGGCUGAACCCGUCCCGGAGAGGAGAGCCACCGAUCAGCUGCGUUCCCCGGGACGGUAGGACGGAGGCGGGCCGAUGCCCACAGCGGACUGCAGGCUCCUGCACCAUGGCCGGAUCAUGAGGUGUCUGUCCUUCCUGCUCCUGCUUCCAGAAACGCUCAAGAAGAGGUCCAAGAAGAGCGGAACUAGCCUCCCGCUGUGCUACGAGCUGUUCUCCCUGUCGCUGGCGAAGAGGAAGAGGAUGGCCGCCGAACUCCACAGCACCGCCAACAGCAACCUGGCGAACCAGCGCUCCAACAACACCUCCUCCACCACCACUACGGUGACGGCCGGGGACAAGCCCGAGAAAGACUCGCCGGUCAACCGGUCCUCGGCCACCCUGUCCUCCACCAACUCCUCCAUCUCCCCCUCCUCCUCCUCCCACCACAACAUCAACAACAACAACCUGGACGCGCCGAGUUGGGCGUGCAGUCACCCGACUCUGCGGGAGAGGAACGCGCUGAUGUUCAACAACGAGCUGAUGGCUGACGUUCACUUCAUCGUGGGACCGUCCGGCGAGUCGAGACGGCUCCCGGCCCACAAGUACGUGCUGGCGGUGGGCAGCUCAGUGUUCGGCGCCAUGUUCUACGGCGACCUGGCCGAGGAGUCGGGCGAGAUCCACAUCCCCGACGUGGAGCCCGCCGCCUUCCUCAUCCUGCUCAAGUACAUGUACAGCGACGAGAUCGACCUGGACGCCGACACCGUGCUCGCCACGCUCUACGCCGCCAAGAAGUACAUGGUGGCGGCGCUGGCCCGUGCCUGCGUCACCUUCCUGGAGAGCAGCCUGGAGGCGCGCAACGCCUGCGUGCUGCUCUCCCAGAGCCGGCUGUUCGAGGAGCCCGAGCUGACCACGCGCUGCUGGGAGGUCAUCGACGCCCAGGCCCUGCUCGCGCUGCGCUCCGAGGGCUUCGGCGACAUCGACCGGCCCACGCUGGAGGUGAUCCUGCGGCGCGAGACCCUCAACGCCGCCGAGGCCGUGGUCUUCCAGGCCGCGCUGGGCUGGGCCGUGGCCGAGUGCCGGCGGCGGGGGGUGAGCCCCACGCCGGGGAACAAGCGCGAGGCGCUGGGCAAGGCGCUGUACCUGCUGCGCCUGCCCACCAUGAGCCUGGAGGAGUUUGCGGACGGCGCGGCGCAGGCGGGCGUGCUGACGCUGGAGGAGACGCACGCCGUGUUCCUGUGGUACACGGCCGCCGUCAAGCCGCAGCUGGGCUUCCCGCUGGCGCCGCGGGCCGGCCUGGCGCCGCAGCACUGCCACCGCUUCCAGUCGUCGGCGUACCGCAGCAACCAGUGGCGCUACCGCGGCCGCUGCGACAGCAUCCAGUUCGCCGCCGACCGCCGCGUCUUCGUCGCGGGCCUCGGCCUCUACGGCUCCAGCGGCGGCAAGGCCGAGUACGGCGUCCGCAUCGAGCUGAAGCGGCAGGGCGCCACGCUGGCGACGCGCAGCACGGCGUUCGUGUCCGACGGCUCCAGCGGGACCUUCCCGGUGUGGUUCGAGCACCCGGUGCAGGUGGAGCAGGACUCCUUCUACACCGUCAGCGUGGUGCUGGACGGCAACGAGCUCAGCUACUUCGGCCAGGAGGGCAUGACCGAGGUGCAGUGCGGCAAGGUCACCUUCCAGUUCCAGUGCUCGUCGGACAGCACCAACGGCACCGGGGUGCAGGGGGGGCAGAUCCCCGAGCUGGUCUUCUACGCAUGAGCCACUGGGACCCCCCUUGGGGGGGGGGGGGGGUGGGAGUCUGGAGCACAUUGCCGGACUCCACUCUUAAGCCUUUAAGUUCACGUAGCAUAACGACACUCCGUAGCGGCCCGCCUAGCGGCCUAGUUACUUCUCUCAGACACUAUUUAAUAAACGGUGAAGGAGCCAUUUUAUCCUAUUUAUUUGAACGUUAUUAUUUUUUAAUUUAAUUAUUUUUGUUACAUGAAAUGGAGAAGGACGAUGGCGCGGGUCACGUGACCGGUCGUGCUGCUGAAGACUCCCCCGCUAGCGAUGUGAUUUGGUGUUAGCCGCCUUAAGGAGCGAGGUUCAGGGACGCUCGCCUCUCCGCGUCGAGCACGGAGCUUCUUGCGGCAGGAUGGGAGCUAGGCUAAGCUAACGCCGCUCCAUACAGCCUCCAGGAACCUCGGCGAGGGAUGCCUUGUUGGGGUGCUGCUAGCCUGAUGCUGUUAGCGCUAUUAGCUCUGAAGGCUAAUGUGAUCGAGCCAAGCAGUGACUGUGGAAAAUCCUCACGUCGGAUUGGUGGAGGCCCUCGCACGCGGGCGAUACCGUAGCCAAUCUGGACGGGCCGCACAAGAAGCAACAACGCUCAUGUUUAGGGUUUGAAUUAACAUUGAAAUAAAUAAGGAAGAAUUCCCUGUAAACAGAAAACUAAAGUUGUUUUGCACCAGGGAGACGGACUCCGUAACGUUGCAUCUUUUGUAAAAAACAACAUUUGUUCAAACUGUUGGCAGCUUGAUGCUGCUGAAACUGCUGUGUUCUAAAUGCUUGUGACCCUGAGAAACAUAAAGGUUAUCACGUGACUGAG